AUGAGGGUGGCUCUCUUUGCAGUCGUUUCCGUGGUCGGGCUCAUUUUCUCCUUUCGCCCCUUGGUACUGGACUCUGUCAUCAAAUCCGUGCGCAGUCGAACCCCUGGGGUUUUUAACAGGUUCCCCAAUCUAUCGUUCUACAAAACCGCUCCAUUUUCUUCCUUUCAACACUCACUCGACCCAUUUAUCUCGAAUGCUGCUCCCCACUCGUUCUGUGAAAUAGCCGAUCCUGAAGCAUACAGGCAAAUCGUCAUCGAUGCUGAUCAAGACAUUCUUGAAUUUAUGUUUCAGCAGCUCAUGAAUAUUGUCAGGAGGCCUUGCCUUGGCCAUUUUGUGAAGCGGAUUGAGUACCUGCACCAAACUGAGGAUGGUGCCUACUCUAAGUUAGCGCACCAGCGCGAUUUGAGCGCCGACGACAUGCGUCUUCUCAAACGUGCCGUAGCAAACGCGGGAUUCAAAGAUGGAAAUGAGGAGGAUGUUAUGAGUAUGCUCAUGCAGGCUUCUUUCAGCAAGGACGUAAAUCACCGCGCCGAUGGAUGGUGCUCGUUUGGAAACUGGGAUAAUUCACGCACAUAUAUCACACAGCUUCUUACCGCUCUCUUCGUGUCACUGGCACCAAAUCUGGAGACCAUAGCUAUGACACAGCCUUUCCAAUACCACAUCGAACUUGAGGAAGGGGAAACACCAGUGCUAGCAUAUCCGCUAGUUCAAGUUCUGAAAUAUGCGAACUCCCGCCCAGAAGGAAUUCACUUUCUUCAGAAAUUGCGCGAAGUCUAUCUGAUCAACAUCCCUCCCUCAUACUCAGAUUCGCGGUUCUAUUCGCACGCAACAGAUUUGAUUGCCUGUCUUGAACUUUUCAACAAGCUCCCAUUAAUCGAGUCCAUUGGCAUUGAUGUCUUUGAACCAAAUGAAGACCACGGAAAGUUUACCGGCGAAAGCAAAAGUUCGAAUAUCACCAAAAUCCAUAUAAACCACUCCAGCUUGAGCUCAGACUAUCUCUUGCUCGUCAUGGAAACAAGCAAGAUUAUCACAGAGCUCCAAUACACGACUGGAGGAAGGGCAACUAAUGACGGGUCACAUCCGGUCUUCAAUCCAAAGGCCUUUAUCAAAGGUCUAUCAGCGCAUAGGCACACGCUGAAAGUUCUUGACAUAGAUACCGACACGCUUACUUCUACAUACCCUGGUGAACUGCGGGCCGGAGGCUCCUAUCUUGUGGACUGGGAUAAAUGGGGGGGUCCCGACCAAUUUGAUCCUGAUGACUACGACGCUGAGGAUCUCAACGAAGAUAACUUCGAGUUUCAGUCGCACCAAUACUUGGUAUCGAUCUGGGACCGCAACGUGUCAUUAAAAGACUUUGUGACACUUCAAGAAUUGAGUAUCGGGAUUAGAUUCUUGAUUUACUUUGCCCAGGGCGUGGAAACUGAUGAUGCGAAAAGAAGCAGUGUCAUGUUGGUGGACUCACUUCCAGAUAGUCUUGAGUCUCUGACUAUUCGGGGAUAUCAGAAAGGAGUCAAUCAAGAGCACGAUGCGCAGGUGGCUGCACUGAUGACCCGAUUUGAGUCGGGCUCUAUGAGAUUGAAGGAGAUCCAAGGGGUUGAAGAGUUGAUUCCUAAUGGGGAGGAUGUCGAAAACCCGGACGAAGAUGAACACUUGUUGUGGUCUCUGAUUGAGCUUGGAUAUUCAGAGUACUAA